AACCAAAAUACAACCAGUCUAAUAGCCAUCUUUGGUCUUUCCUUUUGUUCUCUAUCUUUUGCCCCACGCUCUCUCCCCUUCUUAAUAUAACUUCAUACCCUCCAGAAUGUCCUCGCCCACCCCUUCCCGUCGUCACUCCGGAGACUCCUCUGUCCUUCUCUCACCAAUUCUCUCUCCAACCGCUUCCCAAACAGAUCUUACCGCCGCCGCAUAUCCCCCUCGAGCUAGCAGGCCCCCGAAGGGACGGAGAGGCUCUACUGCAAGUUCUAUUAUCUCUUUAAACUCUUCCCUCGGAACAGUUGUCGACUGGCGAGCCCCCAAGGAUUAUGAUGGAGGAGCCGGAGGUGGUGGAAGUGCUAGCAGCACCUGUAUGUCUCUAUUUCCUACUCGCCCGCCAUCUGCCCACCAAGACCUCCCCCCUGCCCCCUCCCCUCCCUCCCCAAUGAAAUGGGCCCGCCGGAAAGCUGAAGCCUGAGCCAAAUCCCGCGCUGCGGUCUAUAUACAUUUCAACUAGCAAUUUCUUCCCUUCUCGAGACCCCGCAAUCCCGCGCUUCCGCCGCGUCACGACCGAAGCCUGGCGAAAUUCCACCGGUAACCCUAACGAGUAUUCCUAAAAUCAAACUAAGCGAAUUCGCUCCCUACCUGAGAAUAUCCGGAGAAUACGAGAAGUAUCGGAGGGCAAAGGACAUGGGAUUGGAGGAGCACAUCCGGCUGGCGAGCGUGAAUCAGCCGAAACACCAACCUGUAUCACCAUCACCGAGUGUAGCCGAUCUGGCGGUAGCUGGUGGAGAGAGUGGAUUGUUACAGAAUGCUGGGGGUGGAGGGGAUACUUCAUCUGCCAAUAGCUCUCCUAGGAGAAGGAGGGCCAGGAAAGGAAGCUUAGCAGCGACCCCACUGUCAACGGUUCCGACCGUCUACUUUGACGAAAACUUUCAGCUUGAGAAUCCCCGUACGUUCGAUGUCGUCAGUGAGCGAUCCGAUGUCAUCCGUCCUGCACCCACCAAUUCAGCUGAGGGGCCCGUGCUAUCAUCUGGAGCCUCGGUGUCCUCACUCAACUCGCAACGGAGGGCGCUGGCGACAAAUGCGAUCCUACAAGAGAAGCUAUCAUGGUACAUGGACACAGUGGAAGUUCACUUGAUAUCUUCCAUCUCAACAGCAAGCUCCUCUUUCUUCGCAGCUUUAGGAGAUCUCCGUGAAUUACAUUCGGAGGCUACAGCUAGCGUUCAAAAGAUCCAAGGCUUACGGAAGGAGCUGGUCACAUUGGAUGAGGAACAGGCCGUAAAGGGACUGGAGAUUGUUCGAUUGCGACGUCGAAGAGACAAUAUAGCAAGGCUAGAAGGGGCAGUCAAACAGACGGAGCGGGUUCUGCAAUCAUUCCAAAGCGCCGAAAGGGCACUGGUCGACAAUGAGGUUGAUGUUGCUCUGGCAGGCGUCGCAGAAACUGAUAGACUGAUAUGUGGAAGGGGUCAGGAGGGAUUACUAGACCUCCGUCCUGUGCGAGCCCUUGAAGCUGUCAGCGCUGAUCUAGCUCAUCUCCGUUGGCGUAUAGGCAAAGCGUUUGAAGCCCGAUUUGUAGAAGGUCUGCUCACGGACCUUCGGAAGCAUGUGGAGCGAGUGCCGCCCGCUGAGACUCUAAGACGCUUUGCCCAAAGCUUCCAGAGGGAGCAAUAUCAAAGAUUUGUUUCCGCGAGGCAACGAGACAGUCUUCAACCACCCCCACGUUCAUCAAGCCUACCCCCGGAAUACACUCAACUCUCAGAUAGCUUGCGAUCUCAACUCAUGCGACAUCUUAACGGCCUGCAGCGCGCGAAGCACGUCAAUGAAGCAGUUCAGGCAUAUAGAGAUGCAGUUAUCAAAGAAGCCAAAAGCCUAAUACGAAGAAACAUGCCAAACGGUGAUGACAACGAAAGUGCAAUGUCCGGCAUGACUAACUCUCGCUCUGGCGGUAUCCGAACAAGCAGCCAAGAUAAAUCCUUGUUACUCGCUCGUUCACUGCGCUCACUUGGCCCUGCCGAUUCUGAAGACUUACUCGUGAAAAUCUACACAAGUGUAUCAGAACUCGUUCGUCGACUGGGCACUCAGCAAAAGAUGCUCCUAGACGUAACAAUGCGCAUGGGAGAGACCGGCGUUGGCGGGAUGCUCUCACCACGGCUUGAGCAGAAUGGCUUCCACGGAGUCACGAACGGGGAGCAGAAGCCCAAUGGCGGCCCAGAGCCCAUCAGCAUGGACAUCUCAGACCUGAUCAGCUCCGCAGUGGAAAUAGCACAAUCUCAGAUCGUCAAGAUCGUUAAUGUCCGCAGCGAACAAGUUACCACCUACAGCACAGACUGGUUCCUGCGAUACUUCACCCUCAACCGAUUAUUCACCCAAGAGUGCGAGGCAGUCAGCGUCCGUGUUGGUAGUGGACUGCAGAACGCUGUCAGCGCUCAGAUUCGUGAAUUCCUGAACUUGUGGCAGCGUGAGCGAAUCCGCAUGUUGGCGGAAUGCCUCGAGAAGGAUAAAUGGGCGCCGCGCGAAUUCGAAGAUGAACGGCAGAAGGGCGUCCAUAGAAUAAUGGAGGCAGCAACCCACGACCCGGAGGUUUGGGUGCGUGCAGGCCGGAUUUGGGAAUUGCGGGAUGAGGAAGAUAAUACUGCACCUCCACCUAUGAAUACAACUGCUACUGCUGGUGAUUCUACUGCAGUUGCCAACGGUAACGGCACCGAAGCUAACGGCGUCAAAGCGCCAGCACCCGGGAAACCCCACGCGGUUGUCGACAACCAGAAAUUUAUCCUCCCGGAAAGUGGAAUAAUGGUAUUAAAAGAACUAGAAGGCUACCUGAAGCUCCUAAUAGUAAUUCCCGGUAUGGCAACAGAUAUUGCCAACAAUCUCCUCUCAUUCCUAAAAGUAUUCCCCCUCCUCCGGAACUCACAAAAGCAAAAAGUACUAACGAACCCAACAAAAAGCUCCACAACUCCCGAACCUACCAACUUAUCCUCGGCGCUGGUGCCACUAAAACCGCCGGCCUAAAGUCCAUAACGACAAAGCACCUAGCCAUGGCUUCGCAGGGCCUAAGCAUAAUCACCUCGCUGCUGCCCUACCUGCGAGAGACGGUGCGGCGGCGAACGCCGCAAUCCCCGACACUACAAGACUUUGACAAAGUGAAGCGCACCUACCAGCAAUACCAAUCCGAAAUCCACACAAAACUGAUCAGUAUCAUGUCCGAGCGCGUAAAGGUGCAUGUGCUAAACCUUAAAGCGCAGGAUUGGGAUGCUGCGAGGGUUGGCGAGGAAGCAGGAGGGAAGUAUUACAUGGAAACGCUCUGCAAGGAGACUACAGUCCUGCACAAAGUCCUCUCGAAGCACCUGCCCAGGGAGACACUAGUCGGGAUCAUGACUCCAGUGUUUGAAGACUACCGGGCCAGGCUCGAAGAUGGGUUUCGGGACGUGGUUGUUCGUAGCCAGGGUGCUAAAGAGCGGUUUGUUCUCUCAUACCCCAUCAACACACUUCUAUCACACGUGCUAACGCGGAAAUAGCAUGACCCAAGACGCCCAAAUGUUCAUCGACCGUCUAUCCAAGUUGGACGGGUACUCCGGUUCCGGUGACGCGAUCCUGCAAAUCGCCCAGUCAAAAGUGGUAGUCGGUAGGAGCUCCACUCCAGCCAUUAGUACCAGCAGCAACAACAGUGGUGGUUCCUAGUGGCUGUUCUCCCUCCCCCCUCCCCCCCUUGCCUUUUUCAUUCUUGUUGCCUACUCGUUUGUUUCUAUCUCUUUCACUCGUAGAUGGCGUUUGUAUAGCAUACUCUCUCUCUCUUUCUUCCCC